GAAAUCGUGGAAACAGAGCCACCAAUCAGAACAAUGAUGGAACGCUGGCCAGCACUUUUUACUGAGCGUGAGGUUUUUGCAGAAUUUACUCGGAUUGCCUGCAAGAAUCUCCAGAGUGAAUUCUUUGAUGAACUUGACAGACACACACCCCGUCUAAUGAAGAUUUUUCGGUCUAAAACUGGAACCCUGGGUCAGACCUUAUCAAAAUUACUAGAGCAAGUUGAGUCAAGAAGAAACGCCAAUCAAACAUCAAAUCAGGAAACGGAAGUUACAAUUCGACGCACUGUGGUUCUUCGUGGUCUCCCUGUCCUUCUUGGGGACAACCCCUCAGAAUUUUUUAAGGUUUGCUUUGACUCCGAAGAAAACAACAUUGAGCAGAUUCCUGUUGGCAUUCUGUUAGUCGACAAUGAAGACUCUCCUCACUGCUCUUCGUUGAUCCGUGUACGUCCAGUCUCCACUGCUAUCAUCAUAGAGGGAGGUAUUGUUAUGGAUGAUGUCAGGGACCUGCCUCUUGCUGUUUGUCUCUUGUUUGGACUAUCAUAUGCACUCCAUCUUGAUUACCCAAAGAACAUGAAGAACACAUUCAACUUCAUCCAGCAAGUCAUGCUUGAUCUGGGAUCGAAGUCAUUGAAACCAAAACUUCAGACUUUGAAGAACCAGUUAUUUGCUUAAAUCAACACAUUUAGGUCAAAAUCAUCUGACCUGCAGUUCACAUAGCCACUACUGGGAUGACAUGAUUCAUGUCAUCACACAUGUCAUAGCAAGAAAAAAAUUAUUUGUUUAAUUCUACUUUUUGAAUAGAUUCAGUUGUGUUCAGCAUUAAUCUUUGUGUAAUAGGCUUAAAAUAUUUAAGUUAUAAUUUAUAUAAUUUAUUUUCAUUGUUUGACAUAUAUUAAUGGAUCACAGUAUCCUUGUAUUAUUGUUAUUGUGUAUCAGUCAGCAUGGUCUGCUUAAAAGCACUUUAAAUGAGGAUUGUGCUAUACGAAUGUAGAGAUGUUUAGACAGCAGAGGUUUUUCAUUCAACUGUUCUGUUGACUUUAUUUCUGGGAUGACAGUUCAGUGGAGCUACAUAGUUUUCCUAAGACAUUCUGCAUGGUGUAUGGAGUGUUGGAUAUUUUUUGGUCACAAUCUUCAGUAUGAUCAUUUUAAACUUGCAUAACUAUUAUUAUACUAUUAUUAUCUCCCUUCUCAGGUUUCCACAUUAGACAUGUUUUGUGCUUUUAAUUAAGACAACCUUGAAUUACUACUGCACCCUACGGCAGAACUGAUUUGUCCUGAUUUUGAAGGUUGCCAUUUGCUUUGCUCUUUGCACUUUUGUGUGGUCAAUCAAAAUAAAAAUUGAAAACAAUGUUAUUGUUUCUUAGAACCAGGUGCAGGAGUGGGAUUAGAAAUGCUGAGAGAAUUUCAUCUUUAAAAGUUAAUAAAUUGUUAUUUAGUAUUUUGUUUGAAGCAGUUAGUGCUCAGUAAAAAAGAAUUCUGUGCAUUUGCCAGUGAAUCAUAAUAAACCUAUGACUGAACAGUCAAUUUUGAUGCAGGACUUUUCGUUUAGCACCCAGUGGCAUUCAUCCAAUAAAUGAUAGUAAUGUGUGUUGAUUUUGAUUUUCUCAAUUGUUUCAGACAUUUCUGCUGUAAUCAACAUUUUGAAAAAAUAAAUGUU